UUCGGUUUUUUGAGCUGUUUUUGCAGUUAAUUUGUUGUUUACUACGAAUUCAUGAAAACCAAAACAUGUGGCCAUAUUGAAAAUCAUCUUGGUCGCCAUAUUGGAUUCGGAAACAAACAGAAACAGCCAAAAGGAGAGUCGAUUCUCCGAAAUUCGAACUUGGUUAUAGGGUUGUUCAAAUGUUUAGUUUCGAGUAUUAGUCGUUUUACCAUUUUCAUGGCAUUCGCGACUUUAUAACAACGUUGCAGUUGGCAGACAGUUAUUGAAAAACUUAGCCGGUACAACUGCGUUCGAUAUUCUCUUGAGCUCUAACUUGUGGACAUCAGCUCAGGAGACAACUGACUUUACAACUGAGCUAUAUCAAGCCCUAACCAAAUCAUACCGUAUCAAAGUUUUAUUAAAAAUCGUUUAUUUUCGGUCGAUAUCCUUUUGUUAAAAGUCAAAUCCAAUGCUGCAGAAAGUUGAGUUUAAUUGAAAUAAUAUAUCUUAAUAAAUGUAUCCAUUUUAAUGAAUCAAUUUUUCCGGUACAUUCGAAUAAAAAAAAUGAAUUUAUUUGUCGUUGAAGGUCGCUUUCCUUGGUCAAUUUUGUUUAGUUAAUCAUUGUUUCAGUUUCACCAGAGCUUUAAAUACGAUUUAAUCGAGAUCCUAAGUUUCGAUCUAACUUCAUUGAACAAUCUUUGUUUGAUGGGAUUUGCGUAUAUUAAUAUUUGAGGAUCCCCACAUUGCGCAACAUCGAAACAUUUCGAAAGCUCCCCGUAUGUGUUGCUCUCCCGUUUCAGCUAUCGGCUGGGAGAACGAGAUGCAGCGAAAUUUUUUCGAACAGUGGCAGCCAUCCAUCCAAAGUUUCGGUCAUGGCGGCUUGCUAGAGCUCGGUCUCGUUCAAAAGAGAAGAGACGACGACGACGACGACGGCAGACAUCUUUGUUUCUUGCUGAACAGUUUCGACGGCAAAAGUGAACUUUUUUGGGCUUUAUUUCCACCAUUGGGGAUUUUGGGUACGGCCAAAAAAUGCGUUAAUUCGCGUCUCGUAAUUACUGCGAACAAUUAAGGGUGUACUAUAGACCGGUGGGAGAACGUUAAGGUGGUAAAAAAGUGUUUGAAAAGUGAAAAAUCCUUGUUCCGCAGCUCUCGAGUAGCUGGCCUUCGUUGUAGUUUUGGGAAAGGGGUAAGCAGCAGUAGCCUGCGAGAGCGGUGCGGACGGGAGAGUAAGAGGCGGAAAUUUUUCGCAGUUUUGUUCCAUCCGUUUUACACUCGUACUUCUCCAACCCCAACCAAUCGAGAAAAAGGCAGGGGAAACAAACAUCAACAAAGGAGCCCUUCCCCGGGCGAGAAAUAAAAAAAAGGAUUUUAAGGUCUAAUAAGCAUUUCCGUGGAGCAGAAGCGGCUCUUGAAGGAAAAAGGAGAAAAUUAAGCAGCUGCUGUUUCGGACUUGGACGGAGCUGGACAAAUUCAAAGGAAUCAGUCAUCGAUGAUGACUUCUCAUCAGGAUAUAAUGUGUGAGGUGGAGAUUGCCGAUUCGAACAUCGUCGAAGUGGUGGACGAUAGUCAUUUCGGAGCCGAAAUUGGAUACGAACAGUACGAAGUGGGUGUAGGCGAUGACCAGUACGAAGAAGUGACAUGCGAAACCGAGGAUUCACAAAGUUUGAUGAUGCACCACAUGGAUGAUGAUGAGGAGAUUCUACAUCAAGAAGCGGACAUUCAAGGUCACGAGGAAGUACUCGAUUCCUCUGGCGAUCCGAUGUGUGUUUAUGGUGAUAUCAACUUGGAAAAUGAAAUCUACAUUGAAUCAACCCCUGGUCCGAGCUCAAGAAAGCGAAAAUCCGGUAUGAAACAAUCGCGGAUGGUGAAUCGAAUCAGGACCAAUGAUGUUCACAACCUUACAGCAAUGGAAACUCUCGAUGUCAAUCAAAAACCACGAAGAUGGGAACAGAAACAAGUACAAAUAAAAACCAUGGAAGGAGAAUUCAGUGUAACGAUGUGGGCUUCAGGGACUGAUGACGAUGAUGGCUCUAAUCCGGAACCUGAUCCCGACUACACGGAAUACAUGACCGGUAAAAAAAUCACCCAAGACUGUAUGCCCGGCAUAGAUCUGUCAGAUCCGAAACAGUUGGCCGAAUUUGCUAGACCAAGCCACAAAACGAAACUGAACAAACUUGCCAAUAAUGCCAUCUCCGCAGCUGGUAUGUCGUCCAAGAUGAGCAAUACCGGUGGUGAAUCCUCAGAUCGGAAUAUAGCCUGCCCCCACAAAGGAUGCAACAAAAUGUUCCGAGAUAAUUCAGCUAUGAGAAAGCAUCUGCACACGCACGGUCCCCGGGUACAUGUUUGUGCGGAAUGUGGCAAAUCUUUUGUGGAAAGUUCAAAGUUGAAACGCCACCAGUUAGUACACACCGGAGAGAAACCAUUCCAGUGCACCUUCGAAGGUUGUGGAAAGCGAUUUUCGCUUGAUUUCAAUCUGAGAACGCAUGUACGGAUACACACUGGUGAUCGGCCGUACGUUUGUCCCUUCGAUGGUUGCAAUAAAAAGUUUGCUCAGUCUACGAACCUCAAAUCUCACAUACUGACGCAUGCCAAAGCCAAACGGAACAACAGUAGCGGUGGUGGUGGAAGAAAUAGUCAGAACCUUUUAGCCCAUCAGAUGAUGCCCUCGGGACAGUCAUACGUCAAGAUGGAAACAGUCGAGAUUGAAAACGACUCCCAGUACAUAGUCUACACAGACUAAAGGCUAGGAACCGAAUAAACCUUGCGUAUAGUCGUCUUUCGGGCAACAGCGAAAAACAAGAGGAAUUUGCCGAACCUUAUUUGGAAACACAUCUCAGGAGGGAGAAAAAGGAUAACAGAGGAUAACAGAAGCAGUGAAAAUCGAUCUGUUGAGAUCAUUAUUAGAGCGCAGAGUGGAUACAAGUAUGAAUGUAUGCCGUGUACAUUAUUUAGGAUUGCUGAGGAUAUCGUCACUUGCCGAAUAUGCUGAAUUCGAAAAUCAGUCUUUUCGAAGCACUGUACCAUGCUCAUCGAUGAUGAGCAAAAAUAUUUCAUUUAAUUACAAAGAGUUGAUGUAAAAGUUAUUGUAGAAUAUUGAAAUUUUCUUUUUCUAGAGUAGCCUUUAAAUUUGAAAAAACAUUUGGAGUAGUGUGUGUGGCAAUGAAAGACAUACCUAUGGCUUGUAAAAAUAAAUAACAGCCACCAACAGAGCUAAAACAAGCUAGCCAACGCAGAAUUGUUUUUUCAACAAUAAUUAUGUUAUGUAUGGAAUAAUGAAUAAGAAUUUGAUUAAAUGUUGAGAGAAUUAUUUUUCUCAACUUCAGAUAACUAAAAGAAAAGUUAUCGAUUAAAAAUAUAAUACAGUCAUCCGUUUUUAUAGGUUCAUGAUCCUCAGUGGGUUCAUGAUGAUUUGAGAGUAAAAAGUGAAUUUUCCCUAUUUUGGUUGCAAGAUAAUAAUGGUUACCGAUAUUUGUUUCGACCACCUUUGUUGCAACCAUUUAUUUCAAUAUCUCCCUAAUAAACGAAAGGCACGUUUCGCAAAAUAUAGUCUGUUAGAUAAAGAGUAUCUUUUUGGUUUGAUACUUAUUACUUAUCGAGUUACUUGGAUAUUUUUAAAAUAUUAAAUCGUGUUUGUGAAAGAGUUAAUAAAAAUGGAUAAAAACUUGAAAUUUUUAAAGGUUUUGUUAUAUGAAAUCGGAUCAGAUAGUUCGUUUCAAAUAAGAACACGUCGGAUUAUUCCGGGUUUUUCUAGUCUUAUGGCGGGCAAUUUAAAAAUCAAUAGAUCAUGAAAGCUUUUUAAAAUAUGACUUGCUUCUUGUAACGUUAUAAAAGUAACUACUGGUAACAGUUUUUGUUUUUUUAAUUUUUACUUUAAAUGGUUCCAUCACAGAAAGCAGCUAGGAGGCGGAAGGUGUUCGACUGUUUGGUGUCUAAAACACACAUACUACACGAAUGUCCACAAAAUUAGUCUAGGAACUAGAAGAAGCAUGUUGGAGUGAAAUAAUGAUUCCAAAUUCAAUCAAGAAUGAGCGAAUGGUUUGUUUCUUUCAAUCAAGUUUGUUAGAAAAGUGGCAAUGAUUAACAGUGCAUCUCAUAAGGGAUAUAUUUUUUGUUGCUGCAAAGUGUUCCAGAAGUAGGAAUCGUCUAUAAAAUCAAUAUGUUUGCACUUGAAUUCUGAAACAAAAAUUUGCGAGAGACAUAAUGUUUCUUUCUUAAACGAUAUUUUUUCAUUGCAAAUUUUGUAAUGAGUGUAACAGUGUUUAGAACUGGCUGGAAUGUAUGAGAGUGUGUGUGCAGGUGAAAUAUGAAUGUCUAGAUAGUAGUUUAAGAAGUAGGUAUUUGUAAAAAAGUUCAGAGAUAGAUUGUGCGUGUAUUUCACUUUAACAAGACAGGAAUGUUCACACUAUUUAGUUGGCCACUUAAACCCUGAUUGAUUAUAAUCAUCAGCCUUUCAUUUAAACAUUCAUUCUUUCAACCUGAAGCGAAGAGAUUUGAAACAAAUUCAAAAUAAACUUAUGCCAAAAAUAAUAAUGCCAUACGAAAGCUGAUUUUGAAAUAAUUUUUCCCCACCAAAAGUUCAAUUUUCUGCGUUGGCGAAAAAGUUGUGCAACAUUUCCAUCGAGUAAGAAACUUGGCGCGAAAGUGUUAUCGAGAUACAGACUACGCUUAUAGGGCGCAUCUAUCAGAGUUUUUUUUUUUAAUAUUAAAUAUUCUGAAGCAAAAUAUCGGAAGUGCAUGUGAGAAGCGCGAAUGAUGUGUGAUCAUAAUUUAGUCUUUAGUGGAUAACUAUUCUUACUACAAUUUAAGGUGAUUUAUUUUUAAUAAUAAAAAAAAAAUAAAAGCAUAAAAAUGAAACAAAAUAUUCAAACACAUAAACACACAUCCACACUGAUUUAUGUUUGAGCGUAAACGGAUUUAUCAAGACCGAUUAAUUUAAAUAUUUUCUAGUGAUACAAAAUAAAUCCUUACCCCAGUAUAAUAAGAACAAAACGUUAAGGAACACUUGACAAAUUGUGGUAAAAAUAAAUAAAAAUAUGAAAAUACCUCA